UUUGGAUGUAUACACUCGGAAAAUUGGUACUCAAUCUGUCAGUAGUGGAUCUUUAAAUAAUUUAUGUGAUAUUCUAAAAUUUCAAGUGGAAUGAAUAAUUUUUCAAAAUUUGUAACUGAUCGAUCAAUCAAAUGUCUUUGACAUAUUUUCUGUAGAAAACUGUUAGGAAUCUGAAAAUGUCAGUGUCAGAUUUCGGCCGUUGCCGCAUGUUGUUUACCGAAAACGCAACUGUAGUGACUGUGCCGAAUAGUUUAUAAUGGCCAGUGAUUGCAGUAAUGACAGUGCGUUUGACUUUCCACCACUUAUUCAAGUCAUGAGACUAAACGUUGAAGGUGGUCCUGUGUACAGAGGUGGCCUUAGUGGCAGAGCUGCAGCAGCAUAUUAUAGAGAAAAAGAAGUGAUUAUUGCCAUAAAGAAUAAGUAUGGUAACAGAUAUGGCCGCCGUAUACAGUCAUACAAACCAGAUACUGAGGCAUGGAGGCCAGAACGCUAUCAGAGAUGUAUAGUCACACUAAAUAGUCGAACACCAGAAGUUAUUCCUGGAGGCCUUCAAAACAAAAAGCCUUUAAUACACAUUCAUCAUGAUCGGUUGGGUCAAGCAGCUGUGAGAGUAAAUCAGCAAGAAGGAUUUUCUCAAGGAAAUGACAUUCAUGACAACUAUUCAUCAGGAACAAUUAGAGGUGAGAGAGAACCUGUAACUGCCCACUGGACAUCACCCACAGUGGACUUGACAGAGCUGGGGAAACAACCACAGCAGAGACGUGGUAUGAUGCGAGGGAAAAGAGUGGUCGACAUAUCUGCCUUUUAUUGUGCAGAUGAAAAAGAACAAACAGUCUAUGGUAUUAUCAAUCCAGAGAAUAGUGAACCAGGAAGAAAUAUACAGAAAGACCAAGGAAAUAUGAGAAACUGUGAAUCUGAUCAGACUCCAUCAGAACUAAUUAAAUCAGUUGAAAGCCUGAGCUUUUCAUGAAGAAGAAGCAGGAGGAGAAGGAGGAGGAGGAGGAGGAGGAGGAGGAGGAGGAGGAGGAGAUCAUGAUGAAAUAAUAAUAGAGCACACAUGUUCCUUUUUGUUAUUCAUAGAAUAUAAAUACUUUAAAUGCUUAGAUUUUUAUAACCUUGUUACACAAGCUCUGUUGAUCUUUGAGCAAAAAAUCAUGUGCCAUCAGGAAAUGCUCAGCUUAGUGACGCCAAGAAAUUGGGGUUUUAUGUUAUUGCUAUAGAGCAUUUUCUUCUUGUUGUUGUGGAUUAUUUGAUAUGUAAAAUUAAAUAUUUUUU